AUGGACGUCGACCUGAUCAAGGUCGUCAACAAGCUCCAGGAGACAUUCAGCUCCAUCGGCGGCGAGACUGUCGACUUGCCUCAAUGCGUCGUCGUGGGCGCGCAGUCGAGCGGCAAGAGCAGCGUCCUUGAAACCAUCGUCGGAAGGGACUUUCUGCCGCGCGGCAAUGGCAUCGUCACACGCAGGCCUCUCGUCCUCCAGCUCGUCCAUGUGCCCGCCCCUGCGUCAAAUGCGGGUCCUGCGUCGGCAUCGUCCUCCUCUGCCUCAUCUUCCUCCUCGUCGCCCUCCCCGGCAGAUCCCUUUGGGAGCAGUAUCAACAGCGGCGGAGGCAGAGGGGGAGGAACGCCCGCAUACACAGAGUACGGCGAGUUCCUGCACCUCGACAAGCGCUUCACCGACUUUGGCGAGAUCCGGCGCGAGAUUGAAAACGAGACGUUCCGCGUCGCCGGCCAGAACAAGGGCGUGUCCAAGCUGCCGAUCCACCUCAAGAUCUACAGCCCCCAUGUCCUCAAUCUCACCCUCGUCGACCUGCCUGGACUGACGAAGAUCCCCGUGGGCGACCAGCCAUCGGACAUUGAGCGGCAGAUCCACGGCCUCGUCUCGAGCUACAUCUCCAAGCCCAACUGCAUCAUCAUUGCCGUCAGCCCUGCCAACGUCGACUUGGCCAACUCGGACAGCCUGAAGCUGGCACGGGCCAUUGACCCGCAGGGCCGGCGCACCAUUGGCGUCCUCACCAAGCUCGACCUAAUGGACAAUGGCACCCACGCGCUCGACAUUCUCACCGGCCGUGUGUACCCGCUCAAGCUCGGCUUCAUCGGCGUCGUCAACCGGUCGCAGCAGGACAUCAACGGCAACGUCUCGAUGCUCGCCGCCCGCAAGGCCGAGGAGGACUUCUUCCGGAGCCACGUCGCCUACCGCAACAUUGCCCACCGCUGCGGGACAAAGUACCUGGCCAAGACGCUGAACCAGGUCCUGAUGGCCCACAUCCGCGACAAGCUGCCGGACAUGAAGGCGCGCCUCAACACGCUCAUGGGCCAGACGCAGCAGGAGCUCGCCUCCUUUGGCGACACGGCCUUCUUGGGCCACCAGCACCGCGGCAGCCUCGUGCUCAAGCUCAUGACGCAGUUUGCCCGUGACUUUGUUGCCUCCAUCGACGGCAAGACGUUUGACAUUUCCACAAAGGAGCUCUGCGGCGGUGCGCGCGUCUACUACAUCUUCAACGACGUCUUUGGCCACGCCCUCGACUCGAUCAACCCGACGUCGAACCUGACGACGCAGGACAUUCGCACCGCCAUCCGCAACUCGACGGGCCCGCGGCCGAGCCUGUUUGUGCCCGAGGCCGCGUUUGAGCUCCUCAUCAAGCCGCAGAUCAAGCUCCUCGAGGCACCCAGCCUGCGCUGCGUCGAGCUCGUCUACGAGGAGCUCAUGAAAAUCUGCCACAACUGCACCAGCACCGAGCUGCAGCGCUUCCCGCGCCUCCAUGCCCAGCUCAUCGAGGUCGUCUCGGAGCUGCUGCGCGAGCGACUGGGCCCCACGUCCGAGUACGUGUCGAGCCUGAUUGCCAUCCAGGCCGCAUACAUCAACACCAACCACCCGGCGUUUACGCGUGAGGGCCACCACAGCCAUGGGCACGGCCAGCGCGCCCCACCAAUGAUCAAGGGCAUCUCUCGCAGCGACUCGGAAGCCGACGACGACGGCUACUUGGCCGGCCACCUGACCGAGGAUGAGGCUGGCGGCCGUGGUGGCCGCGGUGGCCGUGGUCGUGGCGAUGACGACGACGAUGACGACGACGGUGGGCCGUCGCAGCAGCUGCAGUCGAACCGGCGCCACCUCGAGGUCAAUGGCAAGCGCAAGGGUGCCGGCCCAAGAGAUCCACGCUCCGCCCCCUCGUCGUUUAGCGAGCACGAGUCGCACCUGCGAUCUGCGCGCGACCACCACGCUGCCACCGUGGGCCACGCGGCAGGGCGCGCAGGGCAACAAGGCGCCGAAGCCAACGGCAACGGCGGCGGCCGCGACUCAUUCCUCAACUACUUCUUUGGCGGUGCCUCGGCGAUGCCCGGUGCUGCCGGUGGCGCGUCCGUCGCACCGGGCCUCGGCGGAGUCUCGGCCCAGCGGUCCAUGUUCGCUGACGCUGGCCGCGAGCACCGGAGCGACCCAGUCGUCGAGGGCAGCACAGCGGCGUACAGCAUGCGGAGCCUGGACAAGCACCUCGAGGCGAUGCCGCUCGGUGCCGGCGACGAUGUCUCGCUCACCGACCGCGAGGUGCUCGAGACGUCGCUGAUCCGGUCCCUCAUCGGCUCCUACUUUGCCAUUGUGCGGCAGAGCAUCCAGGACCUCGUUCCCAAGGCGGUCAUGCACCUCCUCGUCGACCACAGCCGCGAGGGCAUCCAGAACCGGCUGGUGAGCGCCCUCUUCAAGGAGUCGCUCUUCGACGAGCUCCUGCAAGAGGACCAGGCGCUGACGGGGGAGCGCCAACGCGUCGAGGCGCUCCUCAAGGCCUACCGCCAGGCCUUCGACAUCCUGUCCGAGGUCACAUUCAAGCCAUGAGGCCUUUCUUCCCGACUCCAUUCUGGCGGCCUACUUUUUCUUCUCCUUUCUUUCCCCUCUCUAUCUCUCUCUUUCCCAUUGCACCAGAAAUUGUAAGAGUUGCCCUUUCUCACUGGAUAUUCAUCAGCCUCGCCUCGCG